CGUUUAAUAAGUGUGUCUAAAGAUGAUUCUUUUUUAGCUUAUACUGUAGCCUAUGUUGUCUACAUAUUGAGAUGUAGUUGGAGAUGGACAAAACAUUAAUCAAUAAAAUCCAAAAAUAUUAAAGUUUUGGAUUAAUUCCUGUUAUUUGCACAAACAGCUUAAUACACGAAUAGCACGACUCAAAAGUUUAAAUUGCACACUAUAAAGACGAGCCUACAUGUUAUAGUGGGGCUGACAUUAUAGCGACAACAUAGUGAAGGACCUCCCCUUGAACCGCUGUAAUUUGAGGCUGAACUACCACCAUCAUGGUGGUGGGAAAAAAAAGAAGAAAAAAACAGAAUUAAAGUUAAAAACUGCAGUUCUGACAUUCCUCGGCCCACUUCCAUCGCGCAGAUCGUGUAGCUUCCCUCAGACUUCAGGUCCUCUCUUGGAAAUGCUUCUUUUUUAGCGACAGGGCGCUGUGUGGAAACCCACAACACUGAACGCACCAAGCGGGUUUGGCUCUCAGCGAGCCUCCCCUGAAGUUGGAGAUGCACACACAUGAGGUCUCCCUGCCUGGGUGGUCUCUCUACUUUAGUGAGCUGUUGCUAAGCAGCUAAUAAUAGUCGUGUUUGCUGAGUAAUUUUUGCCCUUCUGGAACCAAUCAGAUGCAAGAAAGUCCUGCAAUCUGACAGCCCCAGAGGCGGGAUCUCGAGUCCUUUUUUUCUUCUUUACACCCCUCCUCCUCCUCUGCCUCCAAAUGGAGAGAGGUCUUUUUCCCCUCUUCUAUUGAAUCUCAGAGCUGGCCGUGACGCGCGGCCCAUGGGAAGACCACAUAGAUCUCACCAGAAUGCUUGUGUAUGGGAAUCACUUUGCGGACCUCGCUUUUUGAGAGAAACUUACUUUUUUAAGAGACACGGUGAAUGCGGUGAAAGCGGUGGAGACCUCCGGAUCGCGAAAUGUUGGGAUGGAAGGCGCAGACUUUGACUCGCCGUCUCCAACAGGAGUAUGAAGUCCUACUUCACGGGUGUGAGAUCUCCGAGAGUGAAACUUUGUUGCCUUGGGAUAUCGCUACACGCUUUCGGGGAAAUAGUAUAAAGUGGGAAACGGUCUCGCAGUCCAGGCAACAUGGCCUCGGCUGCUAAUGCGCCCUCCGAGCAGGAAAACCGAGACCCCGAUCGGCCGAGGAUAACGCGGAGGAACAGGGGGGACUAUACCCGCAACACACCGCUGGAUUUGGAGUAUUUGCAGCGGCCGAGUUACUGCGAUGCGGGCUUUGCUUUGGAGCAAAUAACAGAGGGGAAGGCAACUGGGAGGAAAGCACCUCUAUGGCUGAGAGCGAAGUUCCAGAGACUUUUAUUUAGGCUGGGCUGUUACAUACAAAAGAACUGCGGAAAGUUUUUGGUUGUGGGCCUCAUGAUUUUCGGAGCUUUUGCUGUGGGCUUAAGGGCAGCUAAUUUGGAGACGGACGUGGAGAAACUCUGGGUAGAAGUUGGUGGGCGUGUGAACCAGGAACUGAAGUACACGCGUCAGAAUAUAGGUGAGGAGGCCAUGUUUAACCCUCAGCUUAUGAUCCAGACGCCGCGGGAGGACGGAGCCAAUGUUUUAACAGUGGAUGCGCUCCUGCAGCACCUGGAGUCAGCUAUCCGUGCUAGCAGAGUUCAUGUUUACCUUUAUAACAGACAAUGGAAAUUAGAAAACCUAUGCUACAAAUCAGGAGAACUAGUCACAGAAACUCAUUUUAUGGAUCAGAUCAUAGAAAAGCUACAUCCCUGCCUCAUUAUCACCCCUCUGGACUGUUUCUGGGAGGGAGCCAAGCUUCAGUCUGGAAUGGUCUAUCUCCCAGGUAAAGACCCACUGCAGUGGACCAACUUUGACCCUAAGGAGUUCCUUGAGGACUUGCGACGGGCAAACUUUCCCGUGGAAGUCUUUGAGGAGAUGUUGGAAAAGGCAGAUGUUGGACACGGCUACAUGGAUAGACCUUGUCUGAACCCCGCUGACCCUGACUGCCCCCUUACUGCGCCUAAUAAGAACUCAACUAAGCAAAUCGACGUGGCGCGGGCCCUGAGUGGCGGCUGCCAUGGUCUGUCCAGGAAGUACAUGCACUGGCAGGAGGAACUGAUCGUAGGAGGGACCACCAAGAACGGCAGCGGACCCCUGCUCAGUGCCCAGGCCUUACAGACCAUGUUCCAGCUGAUGACUCCCAAGCAGAUGUUUGAGCACUUUCGAGGCUACGAUGAGGUUUCCCACAUCAACUGGAAUGAAGAAAAGGCUGCAGCUAUACUGGAAGCCUGGCAGAGGAGAUAUUCUGAGGCGGUGCUGCAGAGUGUGGCAGCAAAUUCGUCUCAGAAGGUCUUGUCUUUUACCACCACCACUCUAGAAGAUAUUCUCAAGUCUUUCUCAGACAUCAGUGUCAUCCGUGUGGCCAGUGGAUACCUGCUGAUGCUGGCCUAUGCGUGUCUGACAAUGCUACGGUGGGACUGUGCCAAGUCUCAGGGGGCUGUAGGGCUGGCGGGUGUCCUGCUGGUGACACUGUCUGUGGCAGCUGGCCUGGGCCUCUGCUCGCUCCUGGGCAUCUCCUUCAAUGCUGCCACCACACAGGUGCUACCCUUCUUAGCUUUGGGUGUUGGAGUGGAUGACGUCUUCCUCCUUGCUCAUGCCUUCAGUGAGACCGGACAGAACAAGAGGAUCCCAUUCGAGGACCGUACGGGGGAGUGUCUGAAGAGGACAGGGGCCAGCGUGGCUCUCACCUCCAUCAGUAACGUCACAGCAUUCUUCAUGGCAGCCCUCAUCCCCAUCCCAGCACUCAGAGCCUUUUCUCUACAGGCUGCAGUGGUGGUGGUGUUUAACUUUGCCAUGGUGUUGCUCAUCUUCCCCGCCAUCCUCAGCAUGGACCUCUACCGACGAGAAGACCGACGUUUCGACAUUUUCUGCUGCUUCUAUAGUCCGUGUGCCAAUCGUGUGAUCCAGAUCGAGCCUCAUGCGUACCUGGAUGGGGCGGACGGAAGUCGCUACAGCCCUCCACCAUCCUAUCGUACCCCUCCACCCUCAUAUCACACGCCUCCCCCGAACUACAGCAGCCCCCCUCCUUCGUACAGCAGCCAUGGCUUUGCCCAACAGACCCAAAUCACCAUGCAGUCCACGGUGCAGCUCAGGACAGAGUACGACCCCCGGACUCAGGCCUUCUACACCACGGCCGAGCCCAGAUCUCAGAUCUCUGUGCAGCCCAUGAACCCAGCUCCAACUAGGAGCAACCCUAACAACGACUAUUACAGCAGCAACGCAAGCGGUAGCAGGAGCAGCAGCAGCAAUCAUGGCAAUCUCAACAACAACAACAGUGGGAGCCGAAGCAAUGGGGGAUCUCGAGGUUCUGCCACCUUCUCCCAUCAUCAUCCUGCACCUCCUCCUGCUGCCCCCACUUCAAGUGCUAGCUCAGUUCCUCAGUGUGAUGCAGCCUCAUCGACUGGCCAGGGCCAGGAGAACAACAGCUCCACACGGGACCUGUUGUCACAGUACGGAGAAGGCUCACUGGGCCUUCGCUGCCUCGAGCCUCCCUGCUCCCGCUGGACCCUGUCCUCUUUUGCUGAGAGGCACUAUGCUCCGUUCCUUCUGCAGCCCACCACCAAGGUGGUUGUGAUUGUGCUGUUCCUCUGCCUGCUGGGAGUCAGUCUGUAUGGGACCACCCAGGUGAGGGAUGGCCUGGAGUUGACAGACAUCGUGCCCAGAGACACCAGCGAGUACGACUUCAUCGGUGCCCAGUUCAAGUUCUUCUCCUUCUACAACAUGUAUGUGGUGACGCAGCGGGCUGAUUACGCCCAGAAACAGCCUCUGCUGCACCAGCUCCACCAGAGGUUCCACACUGUUCGCUAUGUGCUGAAGGAGGACAACGGACAGCUGCCCCGCAUGUGGCUUAACUACUUCAGGGACUGGCUGCAAGGUCUCCAGCAGGCUUUUGACAAGGAUUGGGAGGCCGGCCGCAUCACCCUCAACAGCUACAGGAAUGGCUCUGAUGAUGGCGUCCUGGCAUACAAGCUUUUGGUGCAGACGGGACGCAGGGACAAACCCAUCAACUUCAACCUGCUGACUCGUCAGAGGCUUGUCGAUGCAGAUGGGAUCAUCAACCCCGGGGCUUUCUACAUCUACCUAACCGCCUGGGUCAGCAAUGAUCCUGUGGCAUACGCCGCCUCGCAGGCCAACAUUCGCCCACACCCUCCUGAGUGGCUCCACGACCGUACUGACUCCAUGCCUGAGACACGCCUCAGCAUCCCAGCUGCUGAGCCCAUCGAAUACGCACAGUUCCCCUUCUACCUCAACGGGCUCCGGGAGACGCCACAGUUUGUGGAGGCCAUCGAGAGCGUGCGGGCUAUCUGCAGCAACUAUAGCCGACAAGGCCUACCCUCCUACCCCAACGGCUACCCUUUCCUGUUCUGGGAACAGUAUGUUAGUCUGCGCCACUGGCUCCUGCUGUCCAUCAGUGUCGUGCUCGCCUGCACCUUUCUGGUCUGUGCCCUCUUUCUGCUCAACCCGUGGACCGCCGGGAUCAUAGUGUUGGUUCUUUCUCUCAUGACUGUGGAGCUGUUUGGCUUCAUGGGACUGAUGGGAAUCAAGCUGAGUGCUGUCCCUGUGGUCAUUCUCAUCGCCUCUGUAGGCAUUGGAGUGGAGUUCACCGUCCACGUAGCCCUGGCGUUCCUGACAGCCAUAGGGGAUCGUCAUAAGCGGGCAGUGCUGGCAUUGGAGCACAUGUUUGCUCCAGUACUCGAUGGAGCCUUUUCCACCUUAUUAGGUGUCCUAAUGCUCGCUGGCUCUGAGUUCGACUUUAUCGUCAGGUAUUUCUUUGCCGUGUUGGCCAUCCUAACAGUUCUUGGAGUACUGAAUGGACUGGUCCUUCUUCCAGUAUUACUGUCAUACUUUGGGCCCUAUCCAGAGGUGUCUCCAGUCGAUGGUCGUAGCAGGUUACCCACCCCGUCCCCAGAAGCCCCUCACGUGGUCCACUUCUCAGUUCGUCCUCACCACACCACCGUGGCCACCACCACCUCUGGUGCAGCUUCUGACUCGUCAGACACGGAGUACAGCUCUAACACCACAGCAUCCGGUAUUAGCCAGGAGCUGCACAACUACAACCUGCCCUCACAAAGAGGACAAACUCGAGCAGAGGAGCAGCAGUACCACCUCCAGACCAACAGGGGCAGAGCAGCCAGGACAGAUGAGGAAAGGAGAGCAGGAUCAGGGCAUAGGCGCUCAGCUAGGCAGCCUGACCCUCCGGCCUAUUCUGUGUCUUCGUCCUCUCAGGGUUGUGAUUCUGGGCCCCAGCCCAAGGCUACUCAGCGUAACAGCAGCAGGGACCCCAAGAACCAGCUGCACUGGCAGGCCCUGCCCCCAGCCCGCCCGCGCAUGGACGCUUUUGAAACUGCUACUGAGGCUGGGGGUCAUUAUGGCUCACACGGCCAUAGAGAACACUCAGCAGGCCACAGAGCCCGCUCUUCCCACAACCCACAACCCAAUCACCACGUCCCGCGCCAUCACCCCAACCCCACCCCGUAUUGCCAACCCAUCACCACGGUAACAGCGUCAGCCUCCGUCACUGUCGCUGUGCACCCGGCCCCCUUGUCCAACCAGGGCCCCCCUGCUUCCUCUUACCCAGGAUACACUGCAACAGACAGUUUCUGCCCAUCAGGGGCGGAGGGGCCAGAGCCUGCCUUUCAGGACCCACAUGUGCCACUGGAUACCGACAUAGGGGCCAGAGGAGUCAACAUAGAGGCUAUGGAGCUUCAAGAUUUGGAGUUUGAGGCAGCUGAGAGUAACAGUGGCAGACGGGCAAGCUGAGUUGUGGUGAACGGAAGUACAACAGCCAAAGAUGGACUCCUCUGUAUUACUACGGUCAGCAUGGCUCAGCCCGACUCGCCCACGGCCCUAAGCAGCGAGAAACUCAUCAGUGUUGCCAUCAUGGUGCUCAUUCUUACUGUAACCCAGUGGACUAUUGUCUUAGAUAUUUCUAUCUAUAUUUAAAAGAUGUAUACAUAUGUAAAUAUGAACAAAAAGUAGCUAUAAUUUUAGGAGCUGUACAACUCCUCAUGUUAACAGACUGGGGCUGCCAUUUUAUAUGGUGUGUGUGUGUGUGUGUGUGUGUGUGUGUGUGUGUGUGUGUGUGUGUGUGUGUGUGUGUGUGUGUGUGUGUGUGUGUGUGUGUGUGUGUGUGUGUGUGUGUGUGUGUGUGUGUGUGUGUGUGUGUGUGUGUGUGUGUGUGUGUGUGUGUGUGUGUGUGUGUGAGUGAGAUAGAUCUCUGAUUACUGUUCACUCAUCUGUGGAUCUGUGCCAUUAGGAAGCUUCAUCUAGACAAAAAAUACCUGUCAGCAUUCACUGUGGCUGCUCAAAAUAUUUUUUUAAAAUAAUAUACAUUUAUAACUCUAUGCAAAUGUCUCUUUAAACAAAAGAAGUGAUCUGUCUAUGUGUGUGCAUAUAUGUGUGUGUGUGUACGUGUACUAGUAGUUGUGUGUAGGGCUGUGUGAUGUAAAACACCCCCAUGGCUUAUUCAGCAGAUACAUAUUCAAAACAGACUGACAUUUACACUCAUUUAAAACAUGAGGGAAUUGUUAGAAUUAUCAAACAGGGCUAUGGUAUGUGUGUGUGCGUGUUUAUGUGUGUGUGUUUGUUAUUGUAUAAAGGUACGCAUGUUAAACUAUUAAUUUUUUUAUCACAAACCUGUGGUAGUUAUGAAACAAGUACUGUUUAACUUGACACGCUAUGCGUGCUAUUUAAGAGAGCAGAUAUGAAGAAAUUUUAAAAGUUUUUUUUGUUGUUGUGCUCUUUUAGUUGUCGCCUCUGCAUUGGAACCUGUUUCUGCUCUCAGCUUUGUAUCACUGUCUGUUAGGCUGUUCUCUGGUUGUAUUUUACUGUAAGAGGUUAUGUAUUGUUUAACCCUAGCAGGCUCAAAACAGGUUCUGUCUUGUAUACUGACAUACGAGCACUAAACCCACCUCAGAAACUCACUCUGCCAUUACAGGGACAUUCACAUUACUGAUUCUGGAACAGGGUCAAACACGGGGCACUAACUCUGUGUCUAGUGGAUAAGCUAAAACUCAGACUGUAUACUGUUCGACCCGAUUCAACAUGGCACUUGACUGCAUUUAAACUUCAUUCACAGGAAUAUCUUGCCUCAAGUAGCUCUUUAUUUCUGGCCAACCAAUAAGCUAGCCCACACAUCCUGCUAAGGAUAACCCUUAUAUGGCCUGACAAUGUGCUCUAUGCGUGUCUCAAUGUAUAUGUAUGUAUAAACAUUUACUGUAUGUGUGUGUUGGUCCAUCUUCUCACUCUGUCUCAGCUCUCCUUGUGUAAAAAGACAACUGGCCCCAAUUUGGUCUUAGCCAUCCCCACUGACCUCAGCUAAUACAAAUCCACAACAUAACACCAUGACACUAAUUGGACGUCCCCCGUCAACUGCCAAAUGGCACAUCCCAGAGCCCCAGGGGUCAGAGUGUACCUUGCCAGCCCCUCUCUCCACCAGCAAUGGCCAGUUUAUAUCUG